UUCUCCCCUCCCCCUCCCCCUCCCCGCUUCUUCUUAAAGCUUCGAGUCAGAAUCAACCCCCUCCCCAACGCAAGGCAGACUUCUUCUUCCCUCAUUCGUCCUCCUCCCAAUCACCGGAUCCCGGAAUCAGCCAGGACCAGGACCCCUCCGUACGUGAGCUCGGUUGUUCUCCCCUGGCUAGUAUAAUCCAGCGGAAGUACUUCAUGUCAGCGAGCAAUCUUAGGCGGCGGCUCCAUCAUGCGGAUGUUGAUGGAAGGAAGAAUGAACAUGUUGACAUAUGCCAUGUAGAUUCCCUGGAUGAACCUCUACUAGGGAAGUCUAGUUAUGAUGAUGGCGGAUCAGAAGUAUAUGACCCCAGAAGGCAAGACUUGUGGGAUGAUGAUGAUAGGAAAAAGGAACAAUUACACUGGUCGUUUCUUUUCUCAAAUUUGAUUGCACAGUGGGCACAGUGGUUAGCAAAUAUUAUUGUAAGCUCCGGGUCAAUUUUUGGUAGGUUGUUUCCCUUUUCUUCGGAUAACCAAACCAGCAAUCCAGUAUAUCUUAGUCCCUUGCAGGAAGAAAGAUUGGACAAUUUAAGACGCAGAUUGAAAAUCCCUUUUGACGGUUCCCGUAUUGAGCACCAAGUACAUACAACCCAUUUGGACGCCUUGAAACAACUGUGGAAGUUAGCUUACCCAAGUCGUGAGAUUCCUCCUCUAAAAUCAGAAUCGUGGAAGGAGAUGGGUUGGCAAGGCACUGAUCCAUCAACAGAUUUCAGGGGUGGUGGAUACAUAUCAUUGGAGAACCUCAUCUUUUUCGCUAGGAACUACCCAGCAUCCUUUCAAAUGCUUCUGAACAAAGUGCAAGGUCAAAGAGCAGAUUGGGAGUACCCUUUUGCAGUUGCUGGUAUCAACAUUUCAUUCAUGCUGAUCCAGAUGUUGGAUCUGCAAUCAACUGUUCCAUCUUCAAAGUCAGGAGUCCGUUUCCUGGAACUACUCGGACGAGAUGAAAAUGCAUUUGAUCACCUCUAUUGUGUAGCCUUUCGGAUGCUUGACGCCCAGUGGCUCGUGAAACGUGCCUCAUAUAUGGAGUUCAAUGAGGUGAUGAAAUCCACGAGAACUCAGUUGGAGCGUGAACUGGUUUUAGAGGAUGUAUUGGCGGUCAAGGACCUACCGUCUUACACAAUGCUGGACAAAUAAUAGAGCUUCUGCAUUUGAUUUGCCGUGAGAUAGAUCUGACCCUGCUAUGGGGGAUCGGAGAGCGGGAUGGGUCGACUCAGACUGAAGGGCUACUAACUUGAUGUGUCGGUGUCUGGUGAUAAAUUGUGUAUGGCCCCUUGUUGUGGUUGUAUAUUGUUGCAUGUAGUCCAUUAUUCAACUUGAUCGUGAGGAAAAUUUGAGGCGUUCAACAUGUAUAUAUGUAAGCAUGUUGUUCAUGUAUCUCUGCAGCUUUCAUACUUGCCACAAUAAAAAAAUAAAGGAGGUAAAUACACUGGGAGUGCCUAAA